UAGGGAACUUUCAGGGAAGGAGAGUGAGAUGGUGGUGUGUGUUGGUUGCCAUAGGAAUGUUUCCCUGAUUGGAACAAGACCACAGAGUGAGGAGAGCAAGACGGCAACAUCUACGGUGAUUUCUGCUUGGGAAUGGGAACCCAGAGUGGGCAGUGGAGCGGAGGCAAGCCAUGCAGAGGCAGGAGCAGAUGAGACCCUAGAUGCCAUGUGAAGCUAAAAACGUGGGGAACAGAAAGAGUAGAUCAACUCAGGAAAAUUAUAUGGGGAGCUCUUAUGCUACUCUGAAGAUCUGAGACUUGGAGAAUUUACAAUCCCGAAUUAACUCAGGGAAAAUUCCAACUAGACUCUGAAAUGAAUUAGAUGGAGAUUUAAAAUAGGGCAAUUUAGUAGGAAAAGAUACUUAAUUUGAAGAUUUCUAGAGUGGCUGGGCUGAGAAACUUUACUUCCUGUUCACCUAGACAGAAUCAUGAAUAAACUGGAGGAUAAGCAGGACCAGAUGAUACCAUGAAGAGAAGUUUACAGGCCCUCUAUUGCCAACUGUUAAGUUUCCUGCUGAUCUUGGCACUGACCGAAGCGCUGGCAUUUGCCAUCCAGGAACCAUCUCCCAGGGAAUCUCUUCAGGUCCUCCCUUCAGGCAGUCCCCCAGGAACCAUGAUGACAGCACCCCACAGCUCUACCAGACACGCUUCUGUGGUGACACUGACCCCCAAUCCCAAUGGACCCCCCUCACAGGCUUCAGCUCCCAUGGCAACACCGACACCCCAUGCAGAGGGGCACCCUCCUACGCACACCAUCUCCACCAUCGCUGCGACAGUAACCACCCCCCAUUCUAAAAGCUCCCUACCCACACGGCCCUCUCCAGUGGCCACAGCAACCACAUCCUCCCACCCAGAGGGCCGCCCCCCGGGGCAGGCUACUCCCACCAUCCUGCUGACAAAGCCACCGAGGGCCACCGGUCGCCCCACCACAGCGCCCCCACGUGCUACCACACGCAGGCCCCCCAGGCCACCAGGCUCCUCCCGAAAAGGGGCUGGUAAUUCAUCACGCCCUGUCCCACCUGCACCUGGUGGCCACUCCAGGAGUAAGGAAGGACAGCGGGGACGAAACCCAAGCUCCACACCUCUAGGGCAGAAGCGGCCCCUAGGGAAAAUCUUCCAGAUCUACAAGGGCAACUUCACUGGGUCUGUGGAGCUGGACCCCUCUGCCCUCACCCCCAGGACCCCACUCUGGGGCUACUCCUCUUCACCACAGCCCCAGACAGUGGCUGUCACUACAGCGCCCAGCAAUACCUCGUGGGCACCUCCCACCACCUCCCUGGGGCCUGCAGAGGACAAGCCAGGCCUUCGCAGAGUGGCCCAGGGAGGUGGUUCGACCUUCACCAGCCAAGGAGGGACGCCAGAUGCCACAGCAGCCUCAGGUGCCCCUGCCAGUCCACAACCUGCCCCAGUGCCUUCUCAGCGCCCCCACCGCGGUGACCCACAGGACGGCCCCAGCCAUAGUGACUCUUGGCUUACUGUCACCCCUGGCACCAACAGACCUCCAUCUGCCAGCUCUGGGGUCUUCACGGCCGCCACGGGGCCCACCCCAACUGCCUUCGAUGCCAGUGUCUCAGCCCCUUCCCAGGGGAUUCCUCAGGGAGCAUCCACAACCACGCAGGCUCCAACCCAUCUCCCCAGGGUCUCAGAAAGCACUAUUUCUGGAGCCAAGGAAGAGACUGCAGCCACCUACACCAUGACCGACAGGGUGCCCAGUCCUUUCUCCACAGUGGUAUCCACAGCCACAGGCAACUUCCUCAACCGCCUGGUUCCUGCCGGGACCUGGAAGCCUGGGACAGCAGGGAACAUCUCCCACGUGGCCGAAGGGGACAAACCCCAACACAGAGCCACCAUCUGCCUGAGCAAGAUGGAUAUCGCCUGGGUGAUCCUGGCCAUCAGCGUGCCCAUCUCCUCCUGCUCUGUCCUGCUGACAGUGUGCUGCAUGAAGAGGAAGAAGAAGACUGCCAACCCAGAGAACAACCUGAGCUACUGGAACAAUGCCAUCACCAUGGACUACUUCAACAGGCAUGCUGUGGAGCUGCCCAGGGAGAUCCAGUCCCUGGAAACCUCUGAGGACCAGCUUUCAGAGCCCCGUUCCCCAGCCAAUGGCGACUACAGAGAUACUGGGAUGGUCCUUGUUAACCCCUUCUGUCAAGAAACACUGUUUGUGGGAAACGAUCAUGUAUCUGAGAUCUAACUGCAGCAGGCUUCGCUUUGCUAUUCCCUAUUUUUCGUCUCUAAAUUAUAAAUAUACAAAUAUAUAUAUUAUAAAUAUAACCUUUGUGUAACCCUGACUUAAUGAGAAACAUUUUCAGCUUUCUUUUCCUAUGAAUUGUCAACAUCUUUUUUACAAGUGUGGUUUAAAAAAAAAUUUACAGAAUGAUCUGUGGCUUUAUAAAAUAAAGGUAUUUCUAAGCAAAGCAGUUGCAUUGAUUGCUUCUCUUAAUAACUAUUUUUGAGCACCUGGGGAUCCCAGGAACCCUAGUCAAGUGAGGUAAGAGACUGACCUCCUGUAGAAGCUCAGUGUUACAGUGGUCAAGUGCACAGUUCUUUGAGUGAUUCUAAAGCUCUGGUUCCUCUUGAUUUGGCGUGGCCCAUUUCCUCCCUCUCAUACGCACACCUGUAAAGGGAACUGGGCCACCUGGGGGAAGAUGGCAGACUCAUGCACAGGGCAGGAAAAGGGAACAUCUCAUCACCCCCAAGGAUGGGGCCCCUGGAGCCUCACGACACCACCAUUGGAUGUCAUGUUUAAAAGUUGUAGACAGCAGACAGAAGCAUGGAGUCCUUGGGAAUCCAUGGAGGACAUCAAGGCAUCCCAAGGCCACAUCCCCCUAACAUUGCUUCCACUGCUAACAACAAGACUGCCUUUCCCUGGUGGGAAAAUGCUCCCUUCAUGCCCGUUCCUGCAUCCCCUCCAACGCUCAAUCUGCAUUAAACACCCGUGCCUUUCUCUUGGAGAGGGUUUAGAUGCAGAUCCCAGCCUUGGAGCUUUAAAAUGCUUGCCCUUCUUCAAGGAUCAAAUGUUUAUUGGGGUUUAGCUUUGUUUUCUCAAAAGGCCACGGUAUUGUGCCCCUAAGGAACACGUUUAUCUAAGAAGCUUUGAGGUAGCAGAGCUAUGAUUUUUGAAACCUUCCUCCUGCAAUCUUUAAAAAAAAAAAAAAAAAAAAGAUUGCCAAGCAAGUCAUUUCCGAGAAGACAUCAUUACACUCCUACUUGCCCCUGCAAACCUGCUCGAAGCACCAGCCGGUGGACUUGCCACGCAGCUCGCAGCUUCCGCUGCUCGCCUCGUACCCCACUGGCUGGCUGCCUCACCGUGCCGUGUCCAGCGUGGCCAACAGGGUCAGACCCUCAGAGAUGCCCAAGAGGCUGCCAGAGGUGGCUGCUUCUCUAUUUUUUCCUGAUCGUGGCUGAGAGAGAUGAUUACUGCUUUGACACUUUCUUUCUCUAAAAUAAAACUAGUUUGAUAGUAUAUUUUGAAUAUAGAUGCUCUUAUAGUUGGAUUGGGAAUUGAACUCGAAUGUUGAUUCAUAUGUUUGUGUUGUUGCUGUGGUCUUUUUAUCAUGACUUUUUUCUUUCUGCGUUUUCCUUAAAAAAAAAGAUGGCCUUCAAAAGUGUGUUCUUAGUGUUGUAUAAACCUACGUCACAUGAGUUCAGUUGUUGUCUCUCUUCAAAGACUCUUCAACCCACAAAGAAGCAGGUUAAAUGUUUCUCUAAGUUUAAUUUUCUAGCGUGUUGUUGUCUGACCUUUUUAACCUUACCAUAAUAUUUCUGUUAACUGUUACAUUUAAUAUACCAAUGUGUGUGAGUAUACAUGGAGAAAAAUCUGUAAAGUAAAAUUUAUAUAUAAUAUAUGUAAUCCAAGAUACAUAUGUUAUAUAUACGUAUGUGGAUGUAUGACUUAUUUUUCCUUAUCCACAGAUUUCGGCUACCAUGGAUAUAUAAAUAAACUUAUUUUGUUAGCCAGAGGA